CAUAAUCGCACGCUCGUCGAACAACGCGAUCGACUGGCGCAACAAUGUCCCUCACGACGACGUGCGCCAACAAGACGGCGCCCGCCUGCGUCGUCUACGGCCCUGGCAACGAGACCGACCUAAGCCUCGACAGCCGCGGCGGCCUCUACGUCGACGCACCGGUGACGUCGAUCGAGUCUCUCCCGCCGUCCGCGACAGCUCUCACGAUCUCGUCUAGCACACUCGUAUCCAUCAACCCGACGCUGGGCAGUACCCUGGGCGCUGCCUCGCAGCUCGCUUCGAUCUCUCUCCGCUUUAACCUCCUUGGCGAGUCGCUCAACGCAGUCCAGUGGCCGCAGUCCCUCGUCAAGCUGGAUCUCACGGGCAACAAGCUGCAUCAAAUCAACGCGUCCUUUUCGAUUCCCGCCAAGCUCCGAACUCUAGCGCUCAGCUCCAACCAAAUCACGAGCAUCGACGGCCUCGUCAUUCCGUCGUCGCUCCAGAGCCUGAGCCUUUACGUCAACACGAUCGACACGUUCAACAUCAACGCCGCAUCGUUCGCUGCGCUCUCGCGCGUGCAGCUCUUCACCGAUCGAGCGAUUCGCGCGCUCGAGUGCAAGGGCACGCGCCAGACGUUCCAAGGCGCCAUUGACGCCGAGGUCAACGGCGGCCGACCACUUCUGCACACUGCUUGCGUCCUCGAUGUUGGUGCAGCGGCGACAACUGUGCCCGUAGGUCCCGGUACAGCCGAUGCCUCGAGUACCGACUCUGGAGCGUCGACGGGUCUCUACGCUGGCCUUGGCAUCGGUGCUGCGGUUCUCAUCCUUCUCGUCAUCGGUGGGCUGCUGCGCCUCCGCCACCGCCGCCGCUCCAACACCCAGUACCUCGACCACUCGACGCCGUCGGCCGAGAUAUCGCGCAAGCCAAACGCCGCCACCGCGUCCUACGACGAGACGCCCGUCGUCGUCAGCGACUUUGCGUUUGCCUACAGCUACGACAUUCGGUCGGACCCAGAGCUGAACGGGUACCGGAUUCCCAAGCGCGAGCUGGCGCAAAAGCAGAUUUGUGGCAACGGCGGCUUUGCGAUCGUGUACAGAGCGCUCUUCCAAGACCAAGUCGUCGCCGUCAAGGAGCUCCAGGCCGUCCACACGCGCCACGCGACCCACGUCCAGGCCUUCAUGCACGAGAUCCAGCUGUUCUCGACGCUGCACCACGACAACAUUCCCAUGUCGGCGGUGCAGAUGGCGCUGCUCGUCUCAACCGGGAAGCUCACGCCGACCUUCCGCGACGACUGCCCGUCAGACAUCUUGGCGCUGGCCAAGGCAUGUCUGGCCAUGGACCCUGACGAUCGACCGACGGCGGCGCACGUGGCCUACGCGCUGCGCAAGCUUAUCCGUGCAACAGAGUAG